AUGGAACCCUUUUUGGAGGUCUUCUUUGCGGUGGAUCAGGAUCGUAGCGAGAUUAUCACCACAGCGGAAUUGAGAAAAUAUGUGCAAGAGAAUAAUUUGGAUGAAAGUAUGAUCACGCAAUGGAAUCGAUUGUUCGAUCCGGACAAUACAGGAAAAAUCACUUUUGAAAAAUUUUGUGACGUUCUUGGAAUCGCUCCAGCCACCGCACGUGAAAAAUGGGUUCCGGUAGCCUCAAAACCGCCUUCAGAUGAUGGGGAGAUCACAAUCUACGCGGUCAGUCUUAAACCGGACGCCAAAGACGAUAUCUUGGCAAAGGUAAAGGAACUUUCGGCACGUAUCAGUGAUCGAGACCAACUGGCAAAGGAACUAAAGCAAUAUUUGGACGAGAAAUAUGGAUAUUCUUGGCAUGUGUUGCUCACUGAUGACUCAUUCUGGCUGGAAAUAACCUAUGCUCCGGAAAAUUCGUUACACUGCCGAAUCGGGGACUGUUCGUAUUUAAUGUGGAUGACUCCGGAGCUGCUUUAG